UCUAUGUUAGGAAAGAAAACAUGAGCGUGAAAAUUCGUUUAGGGUUUACCACUGGUUAAACAAACACUGGCUACGAGCUACAGUCCACAGAGCAUGAAAAAGGAAAGCCAAUUUCUUGGCUACAGCUUCAGCAACGAAGGCGAUCUUGAGUUCCGCUGGAGAUUAGAGAUGACUGAGACCGUAAUGUCAUUGGAUGAAGAAUGACUCGAGGUCAAACGAUCAAGCUUUGGAAGAUCUCCAACUGCCAGCUCUGGAACACGUAAAGCACCAUCAUGUCAUAUGAUGAUUCAAUUGUGAUUGAAGCACCCAGUGAUAGCUUUUGGGAGGUUGGAAACUAUAAGCGCACAGUAAAGCGCUUUGAUGAUGGCCACAGACUCUGUAGUGAGCUCAUGACUUGCCUCCAUGACCGUGCUCGGAUAGAGAAGAAUUAUGCUCAACAACUUACAGAAUGGGCCAAAAAGUGGAAACAGCAGAUAGAGAAAGGACCGCAGUAUGGAACUUUAGAGAAAGCAUGGAUAUCAUUAAUGACUGAGGCAGAAAAGGUCAGUGAGCUGCACCUAGAGGUCAAGUCUGCAUUGAUGAAUGAAGACUUUGAAAAAGUCAAGAAUUGGCAGAAGGAGGCCUACCACAAGCAAAUGAUGGCAAACUUCAAAGAAACAAAAGAGGCAGAGGAUGGAUUCCGUAAAGCACAGAAACCCUGGGCCAAGAAAUUGAAGGAGGUGGAAGCUGCCAAGAAGGCCUAUCAUGUAGCUUGUAAAGAAGAGAAAAUAGCAAUAUCCAGGGAAUCAAACAGCAAAGCUGAUUCAAAUGUAAAUCCAGAACAACUGAAGAAAGUGCAAGAUAAAGUAGAAAAAUCUAAGCAGGAUGUUCAAAAGACGAAGGAAAAGUAUGAGAAAAAUCUAGAUGAACUGAAUAAGUCCACACCACAAUAUAUUGAAAACAUGGAGCAAGUCUUCGAGCAGUGUCAGCAGUUUGAAAACAAGAGACUAGAAUUCUUUCGAGAGGUCCUAUUGGAGGUGAAGCAACAUCUUGACCUUUCUACUACCAGUUAUAGCGCUGUUUAUCAAGAGCUGGAAUGUGCUAUUAAGUCAGCAGACCCCAAGGAGGAUCUUAAAUGGUUCAGAGGUACAUUUGGUCCAGGAAUGCCCAUGAACUGGCCACAGUUUGAGGAAUGGUGUGCCGACCUCAAUCGCACACUCAGUAGGAGGGAAAAACCUAAAAAGACUGGGGAUGGAGUGACAUUGACUAGUAUCAAUCAGACAGGAGAUCAAGCAUCCCAGCCUCCCACAUACAGCAGUCUUUUUGCCCGGAGUGCUACUAACUCGAUACGUUCCAGUUGUAACCCAUUUGAGGAAGAGGAGAAUGGCAAACCUGUCGACGAAAAGGAGAACACAAUAACCAAAAACAGCUAUGAAAAGAACCAAAACUACACCACAGAAUGGUCAGAUGAAGAAACAAACAACCCCUUCAACUGCAAUGAAACAAAUGGUGAUAAUCCUUUUGAUGAGGAUCAUUCAGGAUCAGAAGUCCGAGUGCGAGCAUUGUAUGAUUAUGAAGGACAAGAACAUGAUGAGCUUAGUUUCAAAGCAGGGGAUGAACUGACAAAGGUAGAAGAUGAAGAUGAGCAAGGCUGGUGUAAGGGGCGACUGGAGAAUGGACAAGUUGGCUUGUACCCUGCCAAUUAUGUUGAAGUAAUCCAGUGAUGCAGAAUGAGCCAAAGAAAAUGCUACAUCAGUUUCACAUUUAAACAUACAGUUACAUCAACUUAAAAUGAAAAUGGUGAAUUGGUGUAUAGAAUGUAUAUAUUCAUUACGUUGAGCAAUAUGGUUACUUCUGGUAAUGCUUUGCUUUGAUGAGAUGAAUCUAGUCUUCAUUGGAGUGAAUAAUGUGCAUUUUAGCAGGCUCCUGUCUUGUACUUUGAAGUUCUUAGCUGAAGUUUCACGUUUACUGUGACAUCAGUUUUAAAUUUUAUCUACAGUCCAUAGCUUUGGCAGCUGCAUAGACAAAAGGAUUGUAAAAACUGAUUUAAUAACUUGCCUUGUGUGACUGCUGAAUACUAAUUUUAAAUGUUUGUCUUUGACUCAUUGCUGCCUUUGUAUAUUAUUUAAAUAAUUUCCCUGAUUACUUUUCCAUUUUUAAAACAAAUGACAUAUAGUGAUUAGUUUUGUACUUUAUUUUUAAUGAUGGAACUCCCAAUAUUUACCCAUUGGGUAGCUUUUUAGUAAUUCAGCUCUCUUGCAGUUCCUGCUCAUUAGAAAUGUCUCCCUCUUUUACGAGCAUAAGCUAUAGAUAAGGAAAUAUGAGGUCAUGCUGUGCUUUAAUUUCUUCCCAAAGUGCACAUCUGUUCAAUCAUUUAUCCCUCACUUUUAUGCAAGACCGUGUGCUGCUUUAAUGUGCUAGCAAAACUUUGUACAGCCAACUGAAUAUAGUUAGCAUGUCAGGGAAACACUGGGGUGUGUAUUUAGUUAAAUACUACAAUGUUAUCUGUUUCUUCAAUGUUCAUUUUGAAAUGAAAUAUCCAGUACAACGGUAAGACUUAACCGCUCUGUAUUCUAAACUUUGUGGAUUUUAAUAUAAACUAAGAAAGUUCCAUGUUUUUUGGACAUGAUGUAAUGUUCAUAAUGGGGGCUUAUGGUUAGAGAGGAACUGCCUGUAAAUGAAGAGUGUUGAAGAGAAUACAUACCCAUGUUCCAUUUAUUUCAUUUGCUAGUAUGCACUUCUGUAAGCUCCUCAAAUAACUGGAGAGCUUUUGAAAGGUUUAAAGAUCCACACUAAAUUUACUAGUUGGCAUUCUUCUUUAAAGAAAAGAUUACAUACGCAUUUGUACAUUUAAAAAAAUCAACAUGAACAAAGAUAAUUGGGAAAGAGUGCUUUCAACUGCAUUGUUUGCGUAUUCAACCUAAGGACUGUUUUAAAAAAGUGAAUAAGAUAAAUUUUGUUGAUACUUUGCUUUAUCAAUAUCAUAAAAUAUUGUGAUUCAAAUUAUUGUGUAAUAUAUUAUAUAUAUAUAUAUAUAUAUAUAUGGAGAGGGGGCAUAAGAGUGGGCUGUAAUCACUCUAAACAUGGGUGAAUUGUAUGCCAGCUUUAAAUGAAUAAUAGUUUUUUUGGUAAAUUUUUGAUCUGUAAAACUUUCAAUCAAUCUUCAAUGAGAAUUAAACUAGAAACUAUAUGUAGUAA